GCGGAGCGCAGUUUCUGCAGAGGACAAGAGACGCUCUCUCUGCAGGUCUGACUUCUCCCAAAAUGAGCGGCGAUGGGGAUGAAGAUAACUGCGUCCCUGACCUGAAAGCCUGCGGGCAGAUUACUCCAGAGCAUGCCCCGGGAUAUGCAGACCUAAACCAGUGCCAGGGCGAGGAAACCGAGGUGACACAAGAGAUGGCGGACACAGGUGAGGGCACUUUGGGGACCACCGCGGAGGGAGGCGCACCCAGGGACCCCGCCAGUGGUGGCCCCGUGCUCCGCAUCCGAGUUGCUGGGAUUCGCGGCCGUGCAGCCAGCAAAGCGGUGCAGAAAGAGGCUCCACCUCCCACCGAGGGCCUGGAGGUAGCCUCUGCCGCCGCCUCGGUGGUCACUGACAAUAGUCAGGAAAAUGGCUGUCAGCGUAGAGAGCCUCGCUGCCCUGCUGGGGAGAAAGCGCUAGAAGCCUGUGGCGCUGGGGGCUUGGGGUCUCAUUUGAUGCCUAGGGCGAAGUCCAAGGAAAUGACUACAAAAAAGUGCGCAGUCUCAGCAGCACUGGAAAAGGAGGGAGGAGCUGAGGAGGUGGUGGAGGGAAAGAAGAUGAUACAGAAGGAAAAGAAGGUGAUAGGAGGAUUGAAAGAGGAGUCUCGGGCUAGGGCCCCGAAGAUCAAUAACUGCAUGGACUCACUAGAGGCCAUCGAUCAGGAGCUGUCAAACGUGAAUGCCCAGGCUGACAGGGCUUUUCUUCAGUUGGAGCGUAAGUUUGGCCGCAUGAGAAGGCUCCAUAUGCAGCGCAGAAGUUUCAUUAUCCAAAACAUCCCCGGUUUCUGGGUCACUGCCUUUCGGAACCACCCCCAGCUGUCACCAAUGAUCAGUGGCCAAGAUGAAGACAUGAUGAGGUACAUGAUCAAUUUGGAGGUGGAGGAGCUUAAACACCCCAGAGCAGGCUGCAAGUUCAAGUUCAUCUUUCAGAGCAAUCCCUAUUUCCGAAAUGAGGGGCUCGUCAAGGAAUAUGAGCGCAGGUCCUCCGGUAGGGUAGUGUCUCUUUCCACUCCAAUACGUUGGCACCGGGGCCAAGACCCCCAGGCCCAUAUCCACAGGAAUCGGGAAGGAAACACUAUCCCCAGUUUCUUCAACUGGUUCUCAGACCACAGCCUUCUAGAAUUCGACAGGAUUGCUGAGAUUAUCAAAGCAGAACUGUGGCCCAAUCCUCUGCAAUACUACCUGAUGGGUGAAGGUCCUCGAAGAGGAAUACGAGAUCCAGCAAGGCAGCCAGUGGAGAGCCCCAGAUCCUUCAGGUUCCAGUCUGGUUAACUGCUGCCUCUGUGUGAAGGUUCUGCACAAGUUUCCUUACCACCUCCUCUUGGACCCAUGCUUGGCCAACAGCAUGCAGUCUUCAUCUGCUUUCUCUUGGCACUGCAUUGUUUUGUACUUUGGUUCUUCAAGUCUUCUCAAUCUUCAACAGUCAUUUGCUAGAUUAUCCUUUAUAUGCCAGUCUCUUCUUCCUCUGGGCCUUCAUUCUGCUCUGCAUUGUAUUACGUGUACCAAAUGCAUGGCCUUCCACUGCUUCUAAGCCAAGCCCAUGAUCCUGUAGAUAUGCACCGCCUUCCUUUGCAUGCCUGGGAUUCUAUCUGUGACUGUGGUCUUCUCUCCGUUCUUUAAGUGGUUAUCUACCAAAAGAAGCUUAUACAUCUUUGCAAAUGACUAACUGGGCUUCAUACUUUAUUCUGGCUGUGAUCUUGGUGCCCAGGUAUUCUAUGGCAAUCUCUUUGAAUUUCAUCGCUGCAAGAUGAGGCUGAUGUAUAGAUGAUGCCAGCUAUCAACCCAAAUCGGACAUUUCCAGGCUACCAUAACUGUGUUCCAACUGCCUUUCUGGGCCCCUCUGGUUAUUGGCAGAAUAAACAGAUGGCUGGUGGGUGGUUGCUGGGUGUGAAUGAAGUAACAGAUGAGAGGUUACCUAUGUUCUUUGUCAGUACAAUGGCCUGUUUCUUUGGUCACUCUGCAUCAUGACCAGAUAUUGGUGAGUAUUAAGGCCUGUUCUGUGGCCCACCCAACCUGCUCUUGUUUUCUUGGAUGAACUUUGUGCAGAAUCACUGCCUGAAUCUUUAGAACUAUCUGUGGACUUAAACUCUUCGGUGCUUACAGAUCCCCUUCCCUCCUAUCUCCCCUUCCCCCAACCCUCCAUGGUAACCCAGAAGCCCAGUUGGCUGUAGUCAUAGGUGGCUGUGCUCAAAGCAAGACUAGAAAGGGGGUCUUUAACAGCAAUUAUCCUUUCUGAACCCCAGCCACCAACCCUUACCUUGUCUAGGCAACUUCCUUAGGCAUCCCCUUCUUAAACCCUUCCCAGUCCCUUUUGAACCUGAUGAACUUGCCAGGCUGGGGGCACCAAGGGAGAGGUCUCUAUGGUCUGUGAGACUUGUUAUGCCUCUGUCUGAUUUUUUCUGCUCCUUUUUCCCCUCUCACCCUCUCUUCUCUCCCUCCAUGCCCCUUCCCCUUCCAAAAGUACUAACUCCUCCCUCUCAUUGAGCUAGUUACUGCUUGCCAACAAAGUUAAAACUGGCAAAGCAGCUUUUUUGUUUAAUUUUGCUCUUUCCUUGAUUGUGUCCAGAGGAAGGUAUUUACAGUAGGCUUCAAGAUCUCAGGAUCUUGUAUUGUCCUCUUCUGCUUCAUGCCUCCAUCCCAUUUCCUAUAGCAAGGUCUAAAUGUUUCAAAGGGCGAUUGAAGGACUUGUUAGUAUAGGAUAUUGUUCUUUUAGACCAUCUUUGACAAACCCACCUAUUCCCUUUCCCUUAGCAAAACAUGUUUUUGUUCGUUUUAGUUUGAGAACUGGGAGGAGAAAUAGAAAGGCCUCACAGCGAAAGGGUCAAGACAGAGCCAGAGCAGGUUGUUGGUUUCUCUCCACUUUUCUAAAGAUGGAAAUUCUUUUUUUUUUUUUGGGUGGGAUGGGGUGGGGAGGGAGGGCUUGGACCACUUAGAAAUAACCCUAUGGCAGCAUUUUGGGUCAAUUCUUUGUCCACUUUCAUUACCAACUUGAUAUCCUAGGGACUUCCAUCCUAUUGCCAGGUCUUUUGGUACUAAGUCUUCAGCGUUCCCAGUUCCCCUUGCUUCCAUCCAACAAAUGAAGAAGCAGGCUGCAUUGUGGGAGACGCUAAACCUCAUAGGAGAUGCCAAACCUCAGGGGAAUGGAGUAAAAGCUUGUGUGGUGUCUGUGGAUUUCCAGGAUGAGUUGCAGUAGUUGGGACAGUAAUGCUUUCAGGGCUCUUGUGGAGAUGUGUGUUGGGUGAGGAUUACGUGCCCAUCCCCUUUCUCUUUUCUAGACCUUGAGCCUAGCUCCCUCAGGACUUGGGAGACCUUGGGAGAGCAGUGGGGAAGAUGCUGUAGUCUGGGGAGAUUAGAAGCUUACAAACAGAGAAGAGCCUGCUGAGGAGCGGGCUUGGAAAGGCAGACAGAAAGGUCUGGAACCCUGCAGGUUCAAGGGUGAAAGGGAAGAUCUCUGAGUAUUUUCCUAGAAAUGGUGGGAGAAUCAAAGUGGUUGAUAUUUAAAAGGAUAUGUGGAGAAGGGAUUUCUUUUACUUAACUCCUUAAAUUGCCAGUAAAUUUUUGUAUCCAAAAAAAAUGCAGUCUGGAUGUUUUUUUUUCUCUCUCUCUAGGUUAUUCUAAGAGUGACCUUUUAUAUAUACAAGAUAAGUGGUAUAUGCUCUUUAUUUCACUGUGCUUGAGUAAACUCCUAUUCCUUCAUUUUUGCUUGCUAGCAGAAUGGGCAUUUACAGGCCUGCUUUUUGCUUGUAAUUGAGAAUGUGUGCAAAAUAUCAAACUUGUUUCCUGUGUAGUAUGAAGCCUUCUGUGACUAUUUUAUCAGCUUGUUCUGGUCUCUUCAUAUAUAGCUCUAUUCUUAGAAACAAUUUCAAUAAUGUGAUCUUUAAAGAGUCCGAAAUUUUGCAAAUUGUUGCUGUGUCUUGUGGAAGUAAUCUCACAAAGGAAGACCUAACUGUUGUCUUUCUUGAUAUUCCUUGUCCUAGUGGUAAUGUACUUGAUAAUGUUCCUAACCAGUGUAAGUACCUGUAGAAUUGCUUUGUCGAAUUUAAACAAGAUUGUUAGUACUUUUGUCUUCUCCUGUGUGCUUGAAGGAAAAUAAAGUCUGUCACUCUGCUGUGUUUGUUUUCACCAAAAUAAAUAUAUAAAUAAAUAAGUGAAUGAGUA